AUGAAGACUAAAAGUAAAACUGGCAAAAAUAGACUUGAUAAAUAUUAUCAUUUAGCUAAAGAACAUGGAUAUAGAUCACGUUCUGCAUUUAAAAUCAUACAAUUAUCCAAAAAAUUCAAUAUCUUCCAAAAUUGCAAUGUAUUGGUUGAUUUAUGUGCUGCUCCAGGUGGUUGGUUACAAGUUGCUUCAAAUCAAUUACCAGUUUCAAGUACUAUUAUAGGAGUUGAUUUAGUACCAAUUAAACCAAUUAAAGGAGUUACUACAUUCCAAGCUGAUAUUAGAACACCCAAAUGUCUUUCACUCAUUACUAAUCAUCUUAACGGUAUGAAUGUAGAUGUGGUAUUACAUGAUGGAUCACCGAAUAUGGGAUGUAAUUGGAAUUUGGAUGCGUUUAAUCAGAAUGUAUUAGUAUUAACAGCGUGCAAAAUGGCAUGUAGUUUACUUAGGAAGGGUGGAAUCUUUGUUACAAAGGUUUUCAGAUCCUCAGACUAUAAUUCUCUGGUCUGGAUGUUAAGUAACUGUUUUGACAAAGUCAAAGUUACAAAGCCUCAGAGUAGUAGAAAUGUAUCAGCAGAAAUCUUUGCUGUAUGUAUUGGAUUUAAAACACUUAAACUCAUUGAUCAAAGGCUUUUUAAUCCCGAUUAUGUAUUUCAAAAUUCUGAUGUACCAAUAGAACAAAAUGAAUUAAGUCAAUCAAAUAAACUACUAAGUAACACCCCAAAAUCUCUAAGUAAUACCCCCAAAACCUUAACUCAUACAUCGAAAACUCCAAAUCAUGUAUCAAAAACAUUGAAUCAAUUACUCAAGGAACAAAAGAAAAUCAAUCGUGAAGGAUAUGAAGGUCCAAUAUAUUCUGAAAUUAGUGUUAUUGAUUUCCUUAAAUCUAAAGAACCGGCUGUAAUUCUAGUAACAUACAAUAAACUUCUAUUCACUACUACUAAUAGUAAUACCAUUGGUACUAAGAGUACUGAUGAGGAGAUAUUGGAAAUGGUUAAGGAGAAUCCAUUAACUACUGAAGAGAUAAAAUUACUUUGUUCAGACUUGAAAGUUGCUGGGAAAUCUGAUCUACAAUCAUUACUUAAAUGGAGAUUUAAACUUAUCAAUACUAUUCCAAAUCUUAAAACAAAAUCUAAUCCAUCAGAUUCAACAAAGCCAGGAAUAGACGGUUCAGAACCUACUAUUUCUGAUACUACAGUUUCUACUACUACAGAUCCUACGGCUAUGGAUACUGUAGAUUCUACUAUAGAUUCUACGGUUAUAGAAAUGGAUAAAAAGAUAAAGAAUAAAAUUGAAAGUGAGAAAAGACGUUUGGAAAGAAAACAAAGAAAAAUGUUAAAAAAGUUAAAAAUUGGUAAAAACUCAAAUUCUUCAUUAAUAACUCCUGAUCCUGACUUAUUUAGUCUUAAUUCAUCCAAUUUACAAUCCUAUCCAGAGGCCUUACCAGAUGGUUCAGAGUCUGAAGAAACAGAUAUAGAAUCUAAAGAAACAGAUCCAGAGUCUGAGGAAACAGAUGUAGAAUCACAAUUACCAGCUGAUAUAGAAUCUGAAGACACAGUUAUAGAUUCUCAGUUAACAGAUAUAGAAUCAGAUAUAGCAACAGAAAUAGAAUCUGAAGACACAGUUGUAGAAUCAGAUGAGUUGGAAGAUUAUGAAAUGAAAAGAUUAAUGAAUAUGGAAAUAGAUUUGGAAGUUCGACAUUCAAUUGAUAAGAUUAAUGAACAAAAUACAAAACAUGUAAAAUUGUCAAGAAAACAAAAGGCCAAAUUAGAACAAUCAAAUGAACUUAAGAAUUUCAUUAAUAAAUUACAAUAUGAAGCACAAAUUCAUCAUAUGAAUCAAUCAGAUCAUUCCGAUACUGAACCAGAUGUGAAUUAUGAGCAAGGUGAUUCGAAUUCUGACCAAGGUGACUCAGAUAUAGAAACACCUCACAGAGAUAUAAAACAAGAUGAUUUGAAUGGAAAUUUGGAUGAAGAUUUAAUAUCAAAAAGAUGGUUUGAUAAUGAUAUUUUCAAACUUAAUCUACAUACAAAUCAUUCAACCAAACAACCUAAACCACCUAAACAAGUUGAACACCCUAAACUAUCUAAACUAUCUGAACAACCUGAACUUCCUAAUAAGUCUAAAGAAAAUAUGGAUAUAAAGAUAGUACCAGCAAUAUCAAAUAGUGAGAAAGAAGAAAUAAUGGGAGAUGUUAAUAAAUUGGCAGAAAUUCAAGCGUUGGGUUCAUUAAUGAUAAAUAAGAAGACGAGAAUGGCAUUAAUUGAUGGAGCAUAUAAUAAAAGAACGUUUACUGAUGAGGAUUUGCCAAGUUGGUUUGUAGAGGAUGAGAAUAAGCACAAUAAGCCUCAGUACCCAGUGACAAAGGAACUAAUGAAAAAGUACAAAGCGAAGCUUUUGGAGCUAAAAAAUAGGCCUAUAAAGAAGGUUUUGGAAGCUAAACAUAGAAAAGCAUUAAGAGCUAAGAAGAAAUUAAAGUCAAUUUUACCGAAAAUUGAAGCCAUCUCAAAUGACCGAGAAAGUACCGAGAAUCCAAACAAACUCCUCAGAGGAUUAAAGAAAAUACAAUCCACUAAACGUCAAAAAGUUUAUGUAAUCUCAAGAAGAUCAAAUUUCAAUAAACUUACCAAAGGUGGGAAACAAAAAUCUAAUAAAAGUAAAGGAAGUAGAAAAGUUUUAAAACAUGUUGAUCGAAGAAUGAAACAAGAUAAUCGAAGAUCUAAAAUCAAACCUAAACGUAAAUCCAGAAAAAUACGUCCACACUAA